AUGUGCACUUUUUCUUCUCGGUCUUUCUUUAGUCGCGGGCAUGGGACAUCCGACGUCGCAGCAGUCGAGCCGUUGCGGCUGCCGCCUGUGUCUGCACUUUGCCUUCUUGGUCUUUCCUCUGUCUCGCUUGACCGACCACCGGCUCCUCCCCCACCGUCUCUCCCAGUUUGUGGUCCCAUGUUUUCUCCCUGGGUCUCGUCUUUGGCUCUUCUUCCCCCUGCGUUCACAGCUCUCUUCCUUUGUCUCCUGACGCGACUCCUCCCUCCCACAACUGGGUCCGUCGUCCCUCUCCUGCUUGCUCAGUGUCUCCCAUUCCUAGCGUCCUCUCUAUGCUCCUCCGUUUUCGCGUCUCUCGUGCUUCGCCACCCGCUGUUUUCCUUCUCAUGUGUCCUUUCCUCCCUCGUUACCGACCCCACUGCUCCUCCGCCCAUCUUUGCUCUUGUCGCUGCUGUAGCUAACUUUGCCUCUAUCCGCUGCCUUGAGUACGCCUAUAAGUUGGUCUAUGAAGGCAAAAGAGAGAUUCAGUAA